UAAUAUCGCGGAGCUGGGCGGUCGCGUUUUUGUUGAAGGUCGUGUGAGAGGUGUAGUUUGAGCUUCAAGUUGGUCUUCGUGGGACCAUGUUGGGUGCUAGCGUCCGCCGCUUUGCUACUUCGGCCGUUCGCCGUAUGCAUUACGAAGAUGGUCCGGGAAAGAACCUUCCUUUUUCGGUGGAAAAUAAAUGGCGGUUAUUGGCGAUGAUGACAGUCUUCCUUGGAAGUGGCUUUGUUGCUCCCUUUAUUUUAGUAAGACACCAGCUACUGAAGAAGUAAACAGAAUGGAGGUGGAAAUUAUCCUUCAAACAGCUUUCCUUUUUAGGUAGAAGAAAGCAACCAAUAUCUACCCAAACUGGAUAUAUCUGUAAAUAAAAGUUAAAUAUGAAA